CCAAUUGCUAUCAAACUGUGCAUGCUCGAUUGAAUAACUGUUGGAUUAUUCUUCCAGUGUCUCUAAAAGGAUAAUCCGUCCAGUCAUGACUUACAAACCCCCCAAAGUCGAAGAAGACUACUCCGACACGUCCGAACCUCAAAAGCGCAAGCGCGAUGAAAAAUAUCCUGAGCUGGAACCAGCAACUCCUCAGCAAGAAUUCGAGACAGGAAAACAACAGCCACCUAGCAAAGCGUCUAAGCCCAAUGAAACACCGGCCGAGGAGGAUGAGAUAAAUGCCCAAGGCGAAGUAAAUGAUGAUGAGGAUGAAGAGCUUAGCGAUGUGUACGAAGAGGGCGAAGAGGACGAAAUUGAGGGAGGAAACGACAAUAAUGAAGAUGACGAAGGAGUAGAGGAGAAGGGGGAGGAGGAGGAGGAGGAAGAAGAAGAAGAAGAAGAAGAAAAAGAAAAGGAAGAAAAUGAGGAAGACACAGGCAAGCACGGGCCAAAGGUACAAAAGGCUGUUGACAAACUGGGCCGGUGCCCCCUUGAUGGCACAAAGAUUGCCCAGAAGCCUCUUACAGCAUCACCGGAGACACUACUGGCGAUGGUUAUUGAUGCCAUGCUGAAGUCGCGCCCGAUCUCGCAUGAUCUGACUCAGCGCACAAUAACCAAGGUUAUUGAUGCUGGGUAUCAUGAUAUCCGCAAAUUAGGGGAUAGUAGCUGGGAGGAGCGCACAAUGAUUCUGAAGGAUGGAGGGUAUAAUCGGUAUAGGGAGCAGGGCGCUACUAAUUUAGGAGAAUUGGCAGAAUUAGUUGAUGGCAAAUACGAUGGUGAUCUCAAUAAUCUAUUGGAAGAGGCACAUCACAACCGGGACGAAGUAAGAAAACUCAUCAAGGAGAUUAAGGGUCUCGGCGAUUUAGGUGCCGAUCUUUUUUUCAAUAAUGUACAGAGUGUGUGGCCUGAAAUUGCUCCGUUUGUUGACAAACGCAGCCUGCAAACGGCAGAUCAGGUUGGGAUUGGCACCGAUUUGGAUGCCAUCUACGCCGACCUGAAACGUGAUUCAAUGAAGAUGAGCAGAUUGGCCAAUGGCUUGUCUGCUGCGAGGUUAGACAAAAGGCAAGGGGAGCUCCUAAGCAUUUGAUUGCCGCAGUUGAUGUAGUAUAUCUCGUGCACAUAGGGCAAGCAUAGCUACAACUAAAACUUUUACUAAAUACACUCAACUAUGCCUGGUUUAGA